GAUAUGGAACGCCAUGGUAGAAGGAUAAAACAACUCGAAAAAUAUGAGCAGAAAAUGAAAGAAGAGCGACAAAAGAGAAUUCGUGAGAGGCAGAAGGAAUUUUUCAGUGAGAUAGGAGUUCACAAGGAAAGGCUGGAUGAUGUGUUUAAAAUUAGGAGAGAACAAUGGAAGGCUUCAAUAGAAAUUUAAAGGAGUUCCAUAAAAGAAAGGAGCGUAUACAUCGGGAGAAGAUUGACAGAAUUCAGCGUGAGAAGAUUAACUUGCUCAAAAUCAAUGAUGUGGAGGGUUAUUUGCGAAUGGUUCAGGAUGCUAAAUCAGAUCGUGUUAAACAACUACUGAAAGAAACUGAGAAAUAUCUUCAGAAACUUGGAUCCAAGUUACAGGAUGCAAAGGCUAUCGGAGGUCGUUUUGGGAAUGAUAUGGAUGAGAUGAGAAUUGCAAGUGUUUUUGAAAAUGAUACUACUGUUGAGAAUGAAGAUGAGGCAAAGCAUUAUUUGGAAAGCAAUGAAAAGUACUACCUGAUGGCUCAUAGCAUAAAAGAAAACAUCAAUGAGCAACAAACUCUUCUUAAGGGUGGAAAAUUACGAGAGUACCAGAUGAAUGGCCUUAGAUGGCUGGUUUCACUAUACAAUAAUCAUCUUAAUGGCCUUGGGAAGACUGUUCAGGUUAUUUCUCUUAUUUGUUACCUAAUGGAAACCAAAAAUAAUAGAGGACCAUUUUUAGUGGUUGUACCAUCUUCUGUUUUGCCUGGAUGGGUGUCGGAAAUCAAUUUCUGGGCACCUGACUUACACAAAAUUGUAUAUUCUGGUACCCCGGAGGAGAGACGUAGAUUAUUCAAGGAGAUGAUUGUACAUCAGAAAUUUAACAUUCUCCUGACAACAUAUGAGUAUCUAAUGAACAAGCAUGAUAGACCAAAACUUAGCAAAAUUCACUGGCACUAUAUUAUAAUUGAUGAAGGUCAUCGGAUAAAAAAUGCUUCUUGCAAGUUGAAUGCAGAAUUAGAGCACUAUCAGAGCUCUCAUAGAUUGCUGUUAACUGGAACACCAUUACAGAACAAUCUCGAGGAGUUGUGGGCACUACUGAAUUUCUUAUUGCCUAAUAUAUUUAAUUCAUCAGAAGAUUUUUCACAGUGGUUCAAUAAACCAUUUGAGAGUAAUGGAGAUAAUUCUGCUGAUGAAGCCUUACUAUCCGAGGAGGAAAAUUUGUUGAUCAUAAACCGUCUUCAUCAAGUUCUUCGACCCUUUGUACUUCGAAGGCUGAAGCAUAAGGUUGAAAAUGAACUUCCUGAGAAGAUCGAAAGACUUGUAAGAUGCGAGGCUUCUGCUUAUCAAAAACUUUUGACGAAGAGGGUUGAAGAAAAUCUUGGUGCAAUAGGAAAUUCAAAGGCUCGAUCGGUGCACAACUCUGUUAUGGAGCUUCGUAAUAUAUGCAAUCACCCAUACCUGAGCCAGCUUCACGUGGAGGAGGUUGAUAGUUUAAUACCACAACAUUAUUUGCCCCCAAUUAUUAGGUUUUGUGGCAAGCUUGAGAUGUUGGAUCGAUUACUCCCUAAGUUGAAGGCAACUGAUCAUCGGAUUAUUUUCUUUUCCACGAUGACUAGGCUACUUGAUGUGAUGGAAGACUACCUCACCUUUAAACAGUAUCGCUAUCUUCGGUUGGAUGGCCAGACAUCUGGGGGUGAUCGUGGUGCGCUUAUUGAUAAGUUUAAUCAAAAAGGUUCUCCCUUCUUCAUAUUUUUUCUUAGGUAAUAUUU